AUGGAUCACGUGAACUCGGCACCCGCCCAUUUGCCAAACCUCCCGCCCUCUCCUGGGCACAGUGCUCCUUCACGGGUAGCUCUGCAUGGUGUUAUGCAUUCUGUUCGGCAGAGCGAGGUGUCCCCUGGUCUUUCGGGGUUGGGGUUGACGCUCACCAGAACGACGGUCCUCCACGCGUGCCAACUCUUCAACUCGUUUGUAUCUCGUAUUGCGGCUGAGUCUGCUCUUCGGAGUGUUGAUUCGUUGCUUGCGGGAGAGAGUUAUUGA